CACAGACGGUCUGUUUGAUGGACGUGUGGAAGCACAGUUUCAUUUCUUCUGACUUUUGACUUAGACAAAGAUUUAUUUCGCCCAGAAGCCGAGCGAAACAAUUUCUCUCAUUUACUAAGGAAAUUGGAUUGGCUAACAGCACCAUUUCAACACGACCAAAGGAAUUUAAAGAGCAUUUCUUAUUAUCCAAAAACAUGUUUCUCUGAACGUCCUGAAGGGCACAGCUGGUGGCCUGCAAGUCUGAAAGCAUGGCCUGCUCUGGUUCUGGUUGGAUGAGAGCCCAGCUCUAAGAUGUCUGGCCUCUGGUACCUGUCUCAGUGAUGAAGAGCACCUCUGCCAUCUUCCUCCUCACUCUAUCUGUCUUGUGCAGAGCUGAGAGUGUGAGUGGGAGGACGGUGAAGGACACAGUGCAAGAAUGGAACAGGUAUCGGAAUGAGUGCAUCAUGAAGAUAAGCUCACAACCCACACCUUCGGGUUUGUUUUGCAAAAGCAUGUUUGAUAUGUACGCUUGUUGGACAGAUGGAGUUCCCAACACAACUGUGAAAGUACCGUGCCCUUGGUAUCUGCCUUGGUAUGAUCAAGUGCGUAAUGGGUUUGUGUCGCGGGAAUGUGGUCCAGAUGGCCAGUGGCUCACUGUCAAUCACAGCCGCACAUGGAGAGACCACUCACAAUGCAAUGCAGAUGGCAGCCAGCAGAUAGCACAGGAGAAUCAGAUGAUGAUCUUGGCCUAUUUCAGGGUGAUGUACACAGUUGGUUACUCUCUGUCCUUGUCCAGCCUGUCUUUAGCUCUUGUCAUACUUCUCAUAUUCAGGAAGCUGCGCUGCACACGUAAUUACAUCCACACCAACCUGUUUGCCUCAUUUAUCCUGCGAGCUGUGUCCAUCCUCACGAGAGACGCGCUUCUCAUGAAAGACGCUCCUGAGUUCAGGGACAACAAAGAUGUUUCAAUCGCUCUGAGUGACGAGGUGAUGUUAGGCUGCCGUGUGGCUCAGGUCCUGAUGCAGUACUGUGUUGGGGCCAACUACUAUUGGCUACUGGUAGAAGGUCUAUAUCUUCACAACCUGCUGGUGCUAAUGGUCUUCUCAGAGAACAGUUACUUGUGUGUGUACCUCUUCAUCGGCUGGGGAACACCUGUGCUUUUUGUGGUGCCUUGGAUAAUUGUUCGUUACUUAUAUGAGAACACUAGGUGCUGGGAGAUCAACGAAAAUAUGGCGUAUUGGUGGAUCAUCCGAACACCAAUCCUUUUGGCAAUUUUAGUGAACUUUUUCAUAUUUAUAAGGAUUAUUCUGAUCCUCGUCUCCAAAUUAAAAGCACAUCAGAUGAGAUAUUCAGAUUAUAAAUUUAGGUUAGCCAAGUCCACGCUGACCCUCAUUCCCCUGUUAGGGAUUCAUGAGGUGGUGUUUGCUGUGAUGACAGAGGAACAGACUGAGGGCGUACUUCGCAAUGUCAACCUGUUCUUUGAACUCUUCUUCAAUUCCUUUCAGGGUUUUCUGGUGGCCAUACUAUACUGCUUUGUUAAUAAAGAGGUACAGUCAGAAAUCAAAAAGAAAUGGCAGCGAUGGAGAUUAGGAAUAAGCAUUUUGGAUGACCAGCGUAAUACAGGUAGCAACACACAGCAGGGAGGUGCCAGUCCUCUGUGCCAAUAUGACCCAGCCUGCUCUCCAGAGUGCCCUCUAGACAAUGGCUGCCAACUGUGCUCAGACCCAUCACCCACAGACACCCACCUGACUGUUCAACAACACUACCAUCCUGGAGCAAAGAAAGGCAAGGCGUACUGCUAUAUCUCUGCACGAAAACAGGUUAUUAACGGAGUGGAUGUGCCAGCUUUACCCCAAUGUGCCACAGAGGACGCAAUGAUGUUUUCAGAGAGCUACUGCUGAAUGAUGUGGACUGUGCUGGCCAUUGAUUGGACAAAUAAAGCUGGAUAUCAUGGAGUGUCUUGGAAUAUGAGAUCUCAUUAUUUUUGUCAAAAGGAUAUUCCUACAUCACGUUUCUCACAUUAUGCCUGACAAAACUCUUUUUGUUUUUCUUAUUUGAUAUUUAUCACUAUACCUCAGUUUGGACACAAGAUGAAUUCCUUUAUGUGCCAACAUUGUGGAUCAACUGUCUUAAUUGCCACAAAGCCAUUCAUAUUUUUGAUUGCAUGAGGAUUACUGUAUCUGUUGAAAGGUCAAAGGUAAGGAACACCUAGUGCCUAGCCUGCAAAAUCAACAAAAUAACCAUCAUUAUAGUCACCCCAAAAAGUAUUUGGAUCCUUAAGCCACACAUCCACUACCAUUCCAAAAAAAAAAAAAAAAAAAAAAAAAAAAAACAAUUUUGAAAGAAAUUCAUUCAAUUUUAUUUAUAAUGGAUGCCUUAAAUUGAUCAAAUGUUUCAGAAUUUUACAUUGUAACAAAAUAAUAGAUUUCUAUUUCAAUUAAAUGCUCUUAUCAAAGAAUCCUUAACAUGUAUCAUAGUUUCAACAAAAAUAUUAAGCAGCACAACUGUUCAACAUUGAUAAUAAUAAGACAUUUUAUGGGCAGCAACAGCAAAUCAUCAUAUUUGAAUGAUUUCUGAAAGAUCAUGUGACACUAAAGACUGGAGUAAUGGCUGCUGAAAAUUCAGCUUUCCAUUUUAAAAUAUAUUAAGUUUUUUUUAAUUAUUAUUAUUAUUGUAACAAUAUUUCACAAUAUUACUGUUUUUACUGUAUUUUUGAUCAAAAAAAUGUAGGUCUUGGUUUGAUGUUUAUCUAAUGCAGUUGAUUUUAUGUGCAGGUUAAAUACUUUUGGGGGAGACUGUAUAUUCAUACAGAAUAAGGACCAAUAAUAAGCUUAAUUAAACUUAUAAAAUGUCCAUAAACAGCAAAUUAGCACUACUGAAGUUCCCCUGACAUAUCUAAUGCACAUCUUCACCCUGAUGUAAGUGCCUCUGGACUGGAGACAUUAAAUGUCUACUUUGAAGGUUUUGUAUGGCUCUUAUGUAACCUGCUCAACCAGGACGGCGUGCUCUAGACAUUCUCUUAAACAGCAGGAAAUCUAAUUCCUUUUUUAUGCUUCUGCAUUCCACUUGAUGGCUUAAUCCCUUUUCAUUCAGUGCCAUGAUAGAAACCAACUGUGAACUGUAUGUCUAAAAGGAUUAGUAGAUAAUUUAGUUAUUGGGCAACAGUAAUAACAUUAUCAAACAUGGAAACAGUUUGUUUCCAAAACUUUAUGAAGGCUUAAAUCAGUGUAUCCCCUCUUUUUUGAACCGCUCACAAGGACUGAGAUCUAUUCUUGCACUAUGUGCUCUUUAUUUGUUACUAUCACUUCACUGGACACUUUUUUUCUGUUACUAUGAAUGGAAGAGUGCAAUAAUAAUAGUGAUAUCUAC